CGAAGUGUCAUAUAGUGAAUAGCGACCAUACCGAGAGAUCAUCAGCUAUCUUAGACACAACUUUACUUUGACGAGACUCACCAUUCCAACGCCACCAAUCGCAUUUUGAUAGGAAUCGCCCUGCCCAGCAUGGCCCUUGCUCGAUCAGCAAGUGGUCCUGGAGGACUAAGUAUCAACACCUCGUCCGCCAAUACCCUCUUCGGAACAAGCAGUAGUCAAGCCCCAGCAGCAGGAGGGUUGUUCGGAUCAGCCUCGCAAACUCAGACUACACAGCCUGCUGCAGGUACUAGCCUGUUUGGUAAUGCCGCAUCGACAACACCCAAGACUGGCGGUCUCUUUGGAAAUACCGGCACGACAGCGGCGGCACAACCUCAGUCCACAGGUACCAGUGGGAUUUUUGGUUCUGCCGGCACCACUGUUGCGGGUGGCGGCGGUGGGCUCUUUGGGUCUGCUGCAUCUUCCCAACCCCAGCAGCAGACAAGCGGAGGUCUCUUUGGUUCAGCGAAUAACAAUGCCGCACAACCCGCGCAACAACAAACGACCAGUGGUAUGUUUGGAGGUGCCACUCAGAAUCAAAGCCAAACACAGGGUGGCGGAUUGUUUGGUGGCAGUCUGCUCAGCAAACCUCAACAAGCGACCAAUACUAGUACGCUCUUUGGCCAAUCCACACAGCCGAAGGCCGGUGGUCUCUUGUACGUCGAAGAUCGACUACAUCCAACUCUGGAUCAACUUAAUACUAACAGAGACAGUGGCCAGAGUCAGAUGAACCCCGGACAGUCCGUUCUUGGCCCCGGGCUCACCAUGGGUCAAUCUACAAACCAACAAACAGUGCCAGGUAUUCGGAUCGACGUGACAAACCUCCGUGGUACCACUCGUUUCAACGAUCUUCAAGAAAUGCUACAGAAGGAGAUUCUGCAACUGGACACAAUAAUUCAGGGCUACAUGUCGCAGAAGAGCGAGCUGGACGCUUUCAUACCCGCUCACGGCGAAAUGUUAAGCAACAUCCCCAAUGACGUCAAGUUCGUCGAACGCAAAUACGGCGGUGUCGAAAACGCUCUCCGAUCAGAUGCCGAGGCCAUUGAAGUCGUAAAUGGACUCGUUAAACAGGAUGCGAACAAUGCCCGCCUCUCCUUCCGCGCCAUUGACAACCUCCGUCUUCCGCAGCAGUAUCACACUACAGGCCUGUGGUCCUCGCGACAAGGAGCAUCAAGCACGGCGAACACCGAGACCGAUGGCCAGGACCUCGUGUCUUUCUUCUCUAAAACAAGCGACGAGAUGGAUGAGCAGCUCAAGCGCUACCAGAAGAACCUGUCCGAUAUUGAAUCGCACAUGCAUGGUGUCCAGGAUGGUCUGGUGGGGGAAAUGCAGAAGAUGAUGGCUGCGAAGAACGGCGGAGCAUCUGGGACUGACCAGAAGCUGGCAGAACUGGGGGCAGUUCUCAGGGACUUCGAGCGAAGCAUCUUGCAGGUAGCGCAUGAGGUCGGUGGUGCCAGAGAAGGUAUGGCGCGUCUCCAGCUCGGCGAAUUCAUCAACAAUGGCGCCGAUCGCAAUGGCUUGUUUUGAUAGACGAGAAACUGUAUGCACAAGGGCCUAUGCUCUAUCUCCUCGAUCUUGGUAAUGGCGUUGAUACCCGGUAGGAAAAGGUUGGUCAUGGUGGAUUUGCCCAGGUAGAGUAGAUUUACAAUUGUGUAAUGAACUGGUAUUUACGACGGCAUUGAUAUUGCUAUCUCGAUGGUAGACUCACAUGCUUGUCACACUUUGGCUAUGCUGAAUCCAUUUUCCUCCCCGUUGGCAUCUGAGUCAUCCGUGAGGAGCUCAUCAUCAGGUUCGAUCUGGUUCUUGUAGC